AUGGCCUACACGACCAAGUACCAUGAGGACUCGGACGCCGAUGACGAGUUUGAGCGCCAGGGCAUCUCUAGCCCGACCCUACCCGCCGAGUACGAGAGCUCCCCCACGAGCUCCGGCCCGCUGAGCACUGAACACACGCCCACCACCUUCACCCAUUCGCGCGACAGCAAGAGCAGCCCGACGGGGCACAUAAUGGAGUGGAACGAGGACCAGACGGCCGACUUCAUCGCCGACCUGGGCCUGGAGCAGUACUCGGAUACCUUUGCUAACGAGGGCAUCACCGGCGACGUGCUCGCCGCCCUCCAGCAUGCCGAGCUGAAGGAGCUGGGCGUCGGCAGCGUAGGCCACCGCCUCACAAUCCUCAAGGCCGUCUACGAGAUCAAGGUGCGGCAGAAUGUGCCCAUGGACCCCGACGACUACGUCCCGCUAUCCGCGGAUACGUCGGCACAGGAAGCGCCGCCAACCCAAGACGACUUCGCCAAGGUCAUUCGCGUAGUCCAGGCGCGCGACGAGCGCAUACACACGGCCGAAUCGGAGCUGCGACAUCUCAGAGAGGACCUCAGCAGGGUCAUGGACGAGAACAAGCGGCUACGAGAGGAGAUCCUGCCACUCGUGCGCAUGCUCAAGGACAACCAACCCCUGCCUACGCCCCACGAGCACUCCGUCACAUCGCCACCUGCAACUCAAGAGAGAUCUGGUGGCAGCAGUCUUUCGCCAUCUCUCGGUGGUGGCCCGCAACUGUCGCCCAACUCCAUCGCCCAGCCCUCCCCGACAUCCCCCGCAUACACACAAGGCCAAGGCCGCCAGUACAACCGCGAAAUACCCCGAAGCGGGCACGAUCACGACGGCAGCUCAGGGUGGAGUCAAAACACAUGGAAUUCAGACACAACUGCUGUAUCCGACCGUAAUCGCGACCCCCGCGCUACGCCCGCACCACUGUCAUCACGACAGAUGCGAAACAACGCUGCACCAACACCGACCCCCGACGAUCGCGACCCACCACUCUCUGGCGGCUCAAGUUCAAUGAACACCUCCGCAUCCAAUCCCGCAUCCACGCCAUCUACGAACCCGCAAGUUGAAAUCUUCAAAUCGUUCCGAGUCUCAAUCGACGAUCCGUGCCACAAGGUGCUUCCGGUUGCGCUUAAGAAAUACAACAUUACGGCAGAUUGGCGCCAGUAUGCCCUGUAUAUUGUACACGGUGAUCAGGAGCGCUGUCUUGGACUCAACGAGAGGCCGCUGAUAUUGUUCAAACAACUUGACAAGGAAGGCCGGAAACCCAUGUUCAUGCUUAGGAAGCAUGCAGCACCGCAAGAAGGCCAUGUCAGCACUGUGGGCGGAAACGAUGUACGGCCCGUCAAUCCGCAGACAGAGAGCUUCGGGUGGGGUAACCAAAAUAGAGGGACACCCCUGCCAGGAGGCGUUCUGUAG